AUGUCGAAGCCCAGUACACCUAUCAUUAAUUUUAUUAAUUUCAAUCAAACAGGAAGUUGUAUCUCCAUGGGAACAUCAGAAGGAUUAAAGAUCUUUAAUUGUGAUCCAUUUGGGAGGUUCUAUUCCGAUGAAGAGGGCGGGUGUGGUAUUGUUGAGAUGCUAUUCUCUACAUCGUUGCUGGCGGUAGUGGGCAUUGGCGAUAAUCCUUCGAUGUCACCCAGAAGAUUACGGAUCAUAAAUACAAAAAGGCACUCUGUGAUAUGUGAAGUUACAUUUCCUACGACUAUUCUAGCAGUGAAGAUGAAUAAGUCUAGGUUGGUGGUGCUAUUGCACGAGCAGAUAUACAUUUAUGAUAUCAACAGUAUGCGCCUUCUAUACACUAUUGAAACUUCUUCGAAUCCUCACGGCUUGAUAUCAAUGUCUCCUUCAUUGGAAAACAAUUAUCUUGCUUAUCCGUCACCACCUAAGGUUAUCAGCUCAGAGAUCAAAGGAAAUGCAACCACCAACAAUAUCAACAUAUCAAACAAGAUGUCGACAGAUAAUAGUGCUGAUCAUCUGGAUGCCAUCUCAGAAGGGUCGAUAGAUAGAAUCAGAAAUUCUACCGAGCAUAAUAUUAACAAUACGAGUGAUGAACCGUCAAGAUUUUCAAGGUCUAAUCACAAUGGUAACAAUCACAAUCAUGUUAAUGGUAAUAGUAAUAAUAAUAACUGGAAUGGAAACAGCAAUGGUAACAACAGCAACAAUAACAAUAGUAGUAACAGUAAUAGUAAUAACAACAUCCUGAAAAACGGGGAUGUUAUUCUAUUCAAUUUGCAGACGUUGCAGCCCACCAUGGUUAUUGAGGCUCAUAAGGGUGAAAUCGCUGCACUAUCAUUGAGCAAAGAUGGAACAUUGUUGGCCACUGCAUCUGAAAAGGGCACGAUCAUUAGAGUGUUUUCUGUUGAAACAUGCGCGAAGGUGUAUCAGUUUAGGAGAGGCACUUAUGCCACACGCAUCUACUCACUAAGUUUCAGUGAUGACAACGAAUUGCUUGCCGCUAGCUCUUCAAACAAAACUGUCCAUAUAUUCAAGCUAGGUAAACCUGCUGCCCCGAAUACGAACUCUGGCGGCGUGAGCAGUGACGAAGAUGUCGAUGAUGCAGAAGAUUCUGAGGAUGGUUGUGAGGAGGAAUCCGCGAUACGUGCUGACAGUGAAGAUACUCACUCUGCUGCAAGCGUUGACUCCCUGGAAAAUGUUCGACAUCAUUCAAAAGAACCUAUUGUAGAUUCCAGUAGGAAAACCGUGGGUCGGAUGAUUCGAAAAUCGUCUCAAAAGUUUUCGAGAAAAGCUGCAGAAGCCUUAGGUAGUUACUUCCCUAUAAAAGUAACCUCAAUUCUAGAGCCUAGUCGCCACUUUGCAAGUCUGAAAAUUCCAAUUGAAAGUCAUAAUAACCUGAAAACUAUAUGUGCUAUUGGAUCACCAAUAUCAUUGGACAUAUCGGAGUAUCCUGAGUUGUUUGACGGGUCUGCAGCAUCUCUACUGAAAAACACUUCAGUCACAUCCUCAACUCCAGCCAAUUCCUCGGGCCCUGAAAGUUCUAAGUUUGUUAAAAUGAUACCAAUUAGGGUUGUUUCAAGCGAAGGAUACAUGUAUAACUAUGUUUUGUAUCCAGAAAGAGGCGGCGAUUGUCUACUGUUGAGUCAGUACUCCUUGCUAAUGGAUUAA